AAGCCUAGGUCUAACGCCUUCGUUUAGAGGAAUAUCACGCCUGUGAGGGUAAAUAUUGCAGCUCGUUAAUUCCUAACUUGUUCCAUUGCGUUGCGCCAAUCCACGUGUCUCUCUCUAGGACGCCGCGGACAUCCGCAGCUGAGCUGACAGCUCCCAGGAACCGAAAGGAAAUCGAUCAGGAGAAAGAAGGAGCGGGGAAGCGAGUGGGGACAAACACAGAAAUCGACAGAGGGGCAACAACACAAGGAGAGGGUUAUGAACGAAGGGGAGAGGGAGAGUUGUCAGAGGUUAAGCAGUUGCCUCCUGAGGGUGGGGAGGUGGAGUGAAGGGAGUUGUGGUGGUAGGGGGUGGGGGGAAUGCACAGAAAAUCUGGCGUGAGGUGGUUCUGAUCUCUCUCUCUCCCCCCUCCCCCCCCCCCCCACACACACACAGGCUGACAGGGAGAAGCACUCCCCACCCACCCCGCGCUGGAGAAAGCCCUGACCCCUAAAGUGACAGGAGACACCGUGAUAUUAACACGGGGAGGAGGUGGAGGCGAAGGGAAUUGACAAGAGCUGAAACUGAUCGGCAGGGAGAGCCGAUGCCAACAGCUCCCGCUUCACAGGGGGAAGUUCUCCCCUCCAGACCCCAGUAAAACGACCGGAGAAGGAUUUCUGCCAUUGUCAAAAACAGGAUUGUUUUGAUUCGGUUUUAAUAUUAAUAGCAUGAUCACCCUGGAACUGCCGAACCCGGAAUUCACUGAGAGAGAGACCUGGCUCGCUGGAGUUGGGGGCAGAAACUAGGGGAUUAAUCUUCACCAACUGAGGACUCCAGGAAGAUUCCAGAACGAUUUGCAGCCCUGUGGAAGAGGGAGAUGGUUAUCGAGUAUGAAACGUGGCAGUGCCAGCCAUGGAUAGUACCAUCACACUCUGGCAGUUCCUGCUGCAACUUCUCCUGGAGCCCAAGAAUGACCACCUGAUCUGCUGGACAUCGAAUGAUGGGGAGUUCAAACUGCUCAAGGCUGAGGAUGUGGCCAAACUCUGGGGAUUUCGCAAAAACAAGCCCAACAUGAACUAUGAUAAGCUGAGUAGAGCUCUGCGAUAUUAUUAUGACAAGAACAUUAUUAAGAAGGUGAACGGACAGAAAUUUGUCUAUAAGUUUGUGUGCUAUCCGGAGAUACUGAACAUGGACUUCAACAUGGUGGGCCGGCCUGAGAAAGGAAUGGACAUGGCUUUGCCUGACAUAAGUCGGCCACAAAAGGACAAGGAGAACCACAGCCAGGAGAAAGCAACCUCUUCCUCCAAGAUCUCGAGUCGCAAUGACUACAUCCGCUCAGGGCUCUACUCGUCCUUCACUUUGAACUCGCUACAAACUAAUCCCAACAUCUUUAAGUCCAUUAAAAUCGAGAACCCCGGUGAGAAACUACCGGAAGAGAAGAAGAAGAAGAAGCCACCUCCUCAGGAACCGGUCACGGUCAUUAAGUUUGUAACCAACCCACCGAAUAGGGAGCUGCCGGCUGCUAUGGUAGAACCUGUGGUGGUGCCCUCGGUUGCGGUGACCCCACCGAACCCCACAUCGUCAGAGGAGUCCCUGACUGUGCCAAACAUAGUGACGUCCUUCGCCUCGACUCCAUCGUCCGUCUCGCCCCCCACGCCUCUGCCAUUGAGUCCUGGCUCACCCAUUUUAGAGCCCUCGCUGGAUCCUGCUGCUGGUCUGGCCGUGGAGACUGAGUUGGCCACCAGCCCAUCAGAUGACCUGACCCAGUCUCUGGAACUCUCCUCAGACGGGGAAGAUCCAUCGCUGGACAGCUCGGAAACCAGACAUCACAAGGGUCGGUCAAAGAAGCCUAAGGGACUGGAACUGACUCCAGCUUUGGUUAUUACCAGCAGUGAUCCAAGCCCUCUGGCUCUGCCAAGUCCUCCCCUCCCAGCAGCAUCAUUGACACCUGCCUACUUAACCCAGACUCCAUUCUUACUGACUCCCAGUCCAUUAUUGUCCAGCAUCCAUUUCUGGAGUACCCUUAGUCCAGUGGCCACACUCAGUCCAGCCCGAAUGCCUGGAACCAGCACUUUAUUUCAAUUUCCAAACAUUGCCAACAGUCACAUGCAGAUCCCACUAUCGAGUGUGGAUGGCUCAUCAACUCCAGCCUCCUUGUCACCAGACCUUCAGAAGGCCUAACAAGGAAGCUGUCAUGUCAUGAUGCCUUGCCUGUGCAACAAGGUUACAAAGGGAGCUCCUCUCUGAGGAGUUGUGAUGACCAGUUGUGAUGAUGCCAACCCGUGUAAAAUUGGUGAUCAGGUAUCUGAGACCUCAACUGGCAGCUGUGAUGGCAGGCCCCUGCCCAGAACAACGUGGUAUGCUGGCAUAACGAUGGCAACAAUAGGACUUGUUUCAUUGUUCCUUUUACUUUUAAUCUUUGAUUUGGAAUCCACUUACUUUACUGAUUCCAUUUAAUCAAACAACUGUGACGAGAUUUAACGCUGUAUCAAUGCAAGUGAUAUGGAAUGGACAACGUUUUGCAUAUUUCAAAAUUUCUCUGGCACUACCCAGUUAUUUUGGAGUUCCUGCACCUGUACAGACCUUAUUGUUCAGCUCGAAGCAGUGAUCUCAAGGGAAGGCAGUUGACUUUUCUGUUUUAGAUCUCCGUUGCUGCCUUUAUCUUCUGCAUCCUCACUGAUUUAUGAGGGAUGGAGAUUAUGUCUAACUGGAAGACCAAAAAGAGCUUGAGUCACACUGCCCGGCACUCUCUCCAUCUUUUCAGAUUGGAAUUCACCUGUAGAAUGUGAACAGCAGCUUUCAAAGUGUUCCUUCAUUAAGUUUCAUUGCUGAGGCUCCCACAGUCUCAGCUGCACAACUGAUUUCAAGAAACGGGAAUCCCACACCCAGACUACAUAUCAUCAGUGCAGCCUGCUCCUCCUAUCCCUUGGGAGAGACCUGCCCCUUCUCCAUUACUUGGAUCUUCACUUUUGUGAGUGAAGGCAGGGCCUGUCUGGAAUCUGCUAUGUGUGUGCGACAGGACUUAAAGAACCACACUCUCAGCUCCUUCUGUCCACUGCCAGUGCACCUAUGGGGCAAUUUAUGAAUACCACUUCAGUUUUGAUGGGCAAAGUUGCUCUGCCCAGGCUGAAGAAUUACAUUUAUCAACUGAACCCACGGCAGGUUGCGUUGUAGCUUUUCCUUGAUUUGAUAAACAAAGGCCCCUCUCAGUUUUCUGGUACCCACCGAAAACUUCAUCUGUAGUUCUGCCUUGCCCCCCAGCUUCCACCAUUUGAUGACUCUAUCCCACCAACUCACACUGUUCAAACUAUUAGUUCCACCAUCUCUGUUCCUUUUCAUGAGGCCUAUCGUUGCAAUUCCACUUCUAUCAUAUCUUCGUCUCCACUUCCAACUUGGUGCCUCUUUUCUUCUCUCUGGGAAGCUUCAGCCUCUUUAAUUUUAUUAGCUCUUCAGCUUUAACUAGCUGAUGCAUCCCAUUCUUUAUCUUUCAUCCCUUAUAAUUUCUCUCAUUUUCUGCUCCACUAUUCCAUGACAUUGCUUUUACCCCCAAUGAAUAACUUGAUCAUGAGCUGGAUUUAAUUGCACUGAGUACAAAUCAACAGAUUUUGAACAGAUGAUAAUUUUUCUCAAAGUUUUAAGUUUUUUUUAACAUCAAGGAAAUUAACAAAUGAGCAAACACUGUCUGAGGUUCAGUAUUGAUUUAUAAUGCUAUAUUUGCUUUAGGUAGGUGAAAUCUCUUGUUUUUCUAUUAGGAUGUCAUCUCAUUUUUUGACUGGCAUGCAAAGGGACUGUGUGUGGGUUUUGUGCAGGUGGAUGAUUAAACCAAACUCGUUCCUCAACGCGAUGAUGGUUAUGUCACACCAAACCUUUUCCUCUCGAGGAGACCUUUAUUGGGUCUUUUUUUUUUGAAAAGCAAUCAUUUGCAGGCUAUGGGCAUUGCUGGCUAAAGCCACAUUUGUUGCCCAUCUAUCACUGACCUUGAGAAGGUGUUGGUGUGUUACCUGCAUGAACCAUUGCAAUCCCGUGUGGUGUAGGGGCACAGUCAAUGCUGCUGGUGGACUAGGUGGGAGUUUUCCAAGAUGUUUGCAUGUCAUAUAAAUGGUUGGUGCUUCAAAACAUUUAGCGAGAUGUUUUAUUUUGUAAGUUUUUAAUGGUACAUGAAAGAUUUGGGUGCUAAGUUGGUUUUCUGAGUUCUAAUCUCAUUGCAAUGCAAAGAAUACUGCACACUAACAAAACGAAAUACUUUCCAUUUUUAGUGACCAACAUUCUAACACAUGAACGUAUGAAUUAAGAGCAGAAGAAGGCCAUUCAGCCUUCCCUCACAGCCUAGCAUCUCACCAGCAUCACCUCCCAAAUGACUCAACUCUUCCAGCCAAGCCUUGUUGCCAUCAAAUCAAAUCUUUGAUCAAUCCUUGAGGAGCAAUGCUUGUUUUUGAUCCUAAGGGUGGUGUCACCGUGUUUUGAAAAUGGAUGUCAUGCUGUAAUCAGGUUGAAAUGAGCAUAACGUUUGAUAUGAUGUUGGGAAGGGAAGUAUCCCUCAGCCAAUGUUCCUCCCUAAAGGAGCAGCAACUAAACAAAGAGAUAGAUUAACGAGUCAGCGCAUUGUCACCCUGAGAGAUGCUAGAAUCACUUCAUCUGUCACUAUAGAUAAUGUGGCCACACUUCACAAAGGAAUUGUUAAGUGGAAAUAUUUCGGCACUUUUUAAGAACUGAUUAAAAGCAAGAAUCAUCGUUUGUGAUAUUUCUGUUCAAUCCUAAUUUUCAACUGAAUCAAAACUUGGCUCUGGCUGGAUGCUAAGGGGACGUGAUAAUGCCAAUUAGCAUCACUUCAGUGUCAGAAUUUAGUCAUAAAUUCUGACCAAACAGGUUUCAAGAACAAAGACAUUUUCUGAGUAGAGUGACAUGGGCAGAUCUUUUGAUAUACAUUUCCAUCGUAUCUGUUUAUCACUCGCCAAUGAACUAAUUACAGAGCUGACGAGCAGAGAACGUAAAUCGAGUGAAAUCAACUGGGCAUCUAGGCCAGUGCCAAGAGCAAAGUGUUUUGGGCAAGUAUGCAAGCACCAGAAAUGAAGCUACUGGGAUUGAGAGCUCUUCCUUAACUUUCAAGGAAUGGAAUAAAUUUGCCAACAUCUUUUUUUUUGAAAACGGAUUAUUUAAUCUAGUUGAAACUGACUGUGAGGGUCUUGUUUUCCAGUUGGACUAAACAUCUCCAUUUGUUAUUGAAAGUGCAGAGUGGUCAGGAAAGCAAGAAACUCACUUCCCAAUCCCAUGUGCAAGGGGUUUGAGGUGUUUCUGGAUGCUGACAACAGACAAGAAGCAGAGGGGCAGAGUGGUGAGAGAUGAGACACUCAUCACUGAGAGUUGCCCACUGUGCCAAUUCCAAAACUUUACUGGGGUGUGAGCGGGAUCAUUUGUGCAUAUUUGCUUUAUUUACAUUGAAAAUUUAUUGAAAUUCAUGAACAAAAACUUCCACAGCAGAAGAUUCAGAGGAGGAAGAAAUAGAGUUUAGCUUUAAACACAAAUCAGACUUGUUUUGUAUUUUGUUUACAUUUGAGACAUUUCGAAAAGAGUAAAAUUCUCACUGAAAGUCAAGAUUAGGUAGCUAGCGACCAAUUAGGAAAGAAAUGAUUUAGCAGUGACCCCACAGACAAUAAAGCAGAGAGAAUAGUCACCAUCUAGUACAGAGUUCUGUGUGGGUUGUUUUCAGAUAUAGAGCGGCAGGAUGGUUUUAAACCACAAAAUUGAUCACGGAACUGCUUGAUGUAUCCAUGGGGGUGUGAAAUUGAUCAUCACACCACAAACUGGGAAGCCUAACCUGCUUGUGCUGAGUUCCUGCUCAUCCCAUUAAAUUUUGCAAAACCUUCCAGGAAAACCCUGGAGUCUCUGGGAAUUAAUGAUUAAUCUUCUGAACACUGCUCGUGGGAAAGUAUAUAUUAGGAAUGUCAAAAGAAAAUUGUAUUUUUAAAAUUCUUUUCUUUGAACGGCUUUGUUAAUUCAUUAGAAAACUAUUGGACUUGGUCUUUUCAACAAAGGGCUGUUUGUCUGGGCAGGAGGAUUGGAGGCAAGGAUGAUACCUCUAGGAAUACAUCCGAUUAGAGUUGGUAUCCCAAGAUCUCAGAAGUUUUCAUUUUAAACAAUGAAACAAAAACAGUCUACUGCAAGCACUGAUGCCAUCCCUCCUAAUCGUCAAUUAACCUGUGCCAUCAGCGAGACAAGGCAUCAACUAUCUCCCAAUGUCUUUGCCAAAGGUCGGUGGCCUUCAUUAGCCUUAAAUCAGGAAGGAAAAAUACUUUGGAAUUCCUGUUUUCUCAAAAGGAAAAAGAAUAUCAGCUGAAAAGGCUGUGAGGUGACUAGAGGAAUAUUCUUAUUUAAUGUAUCUACAGUUUCAAAAGGGAAAAGUCUUAAAAAGUUCAUGUUUAUUGAUAUUUUUUGAUAUGAGAAGUGUAAAGAGCCAUGCGUCAUUUACAAGUAUGUUACUGAACAGUUAUCUGAUAAAACAGGGCUUAUUUUUGAUGGAUUAGCUUCCAUUUACUAAAAACCUGUCUGUGGGCUUUUAAGUGAUCAGAGCAUGUUGACACUACAGUUAUUCUUUAUACCUUCAGGUUGACUAGUGAUUAGUGGAAUUGUGUAUAUAGGUGCUGUUUGCUACAUAGUCAAUGUAAAGGUGUAAUGUGUUUUCUCAUGAAUUACAUCUCUGCCAGACAGAGAAAUUAGGAGUUAAAAUUAUAGUUUGUGACAUUAGUAUGAAAUACAUAAGUCAUUCACUUGAAACUUUUUUGUGCCUAUCAGAGGCAUUAAUCCAUCCUUAAAGCACAUUUAUUUGUAACAGUCAUUUAUUACAAGAGGCCAUUUGGUCUAUUGUGCCUAUGCUGACUCUUUGAAGUAGCUAUUCAGUUAGUGGCCACCCCAUUGAACUAGUGGCCACCCUUCUCCCUCUUUCUCCAGAGGCCUCCAAAGCUUUUCCUUUUCAAAAAAUAUCCAAUUUCCUUUUGAAAGCCAACAAUAAAUCUGUUUACUCUAAUUUUUCGGGCAGACUUUCCAUAAUUUACUAUGUUUUUUAAAAGUCUUCUGAUCUCCCCUUUUGUCAGUUAUCCAAAAUAUGUGUCAGCUGGUUACUGAAUCUUCUACCAGGAGAUUCUGAUCUCUAACUUUACUGAAGCUCCUGAGUGUGUUUGCUACUAAUUUUGCAUUGAAUUUAACCCCUUUUGGUUUGUGGGCUAAUGUUUCUGGUGACUGAGAGCAGGAGAAAAAAUAUCGCAGCACGAUUAAUAGAACAAAAAUUUGCAGAGAUCUUGGUUGUGUAGUUAACCAUUCUCAUUUGUGCUUGGAUGUUAUAGUUAGUUGGAACACUAUCCUUUCACCUUUUUGACCCACACUUUGUAAUCUGACUUAACCUCGAACAACACCAGUUAAUUUCCUGCAUUUUGUCUAACUCAAAAAUGGAAUUAAGGAAGUAGAAAUCCAUUUCCUAUUUGGUGCAUGUCUAUAGCACACAACUGGGAAAUCAUAUGUAGACGAAUUUCAAGGACUCCUGGUGUGGGGUAAGGGAAACGUCACACAGAUUUUGUUGGGCUUGCUCAGAGGGUAAAGUCCCAUUACUAAGCUAGAGGUAAUCCUGCAUCUAAACUGUCUUAUUUCCCGACCUGAGAAUGAUGAAUGCUGACAUGAAUUUAAAAAGCAAAACUUUCCUUGAUCAACCUCAUUGUGAGAGAGCACCAUAAUAAUAACGAUGGGAAACCUGGUUGUCUGCAGUACAACUUUGCAAUUGUUGACCAUGACAGCGUGUCAGGCCACAUGAUAAAUUGAAAGAAAGAGGAAAUUGAAGCCCCUUCAUGCUGCUUAUUGUCCUGGGUACAGUCAAAAUAGUCAAGGAUUUAGACUCAAAAAGGUUUGUGCCCACUUACAUUUCAAUGCCAUUAAAGGUAUAAAUAUAAAGAAUUGGGACAGGAUAUUUAUAAGCUAACAUUAACUCAUAAGACCAUAAGAAAUAGGAACAGGAGUGAGCCAUUUGGCCCCUCAAUAGGAUCAUGGCUGAUCCAACAUUCCUCACUUUUCUGUCUUUCCCUGUAACCCCGACUGAUUAAAGAAUCUAUCGCCACCUUAAACAUACACAACAACUCUGCCCCCACUGCUCUCAGUGGCAAAGAUUUCCAAAGGCACUCAACCCUCUGAGAGAAGAAAUCUCCUUAUCUCAAUCUUAAAGUUAUUCUGAAACCCUCUGGUCCUAGACUGUCUCAUGAGGAGAACCAUCCUCUCAGCAUUGACCCUGUCAAGUCCCUUAAGAAUUCAAUUUUUUCAAUGAGAUCACCUCUCAUUCUUCUAAACUUCAGUGAGUAGAGUAGAGAGCUCUCAGAACAAUUCCCCCAUAUCAGGGAUCAUCCCAGUGAACAGCUCCGAACUGCCUCCAAUUUAAUAAUAUUUGUCCUUAAAAUAAGGGUUCCAAAAGUUCUCAGUGUACACCAGUUGUAGUCUCACCAGCACAUUUUACAUUGUAGCAAGAUUUGAUUUGCAAACCCCUGCAGUGACUACAAAGAAUUUAUUUGCCAGAAACUCUAGUGUCAAGAGUACCAAGUGCUUGUGACAUUAUAUAACAUAGGUCCAUGGCUGUUGGAUGACACCAAUUGUCCUCUUGGCUGUAUAUAAAAGAUCCCAUUAUACUGUAUUGAAGAAGGACAUGGCAGAAGUGUUUCUGAGAUGGCCUGACAGAUGUUCAUCCCUCAACUAACUUUAAUAUUUUAGUGAAAAGAAACUGAUCUGGCUAUAACUGCAUGGCUGUUUUUUGGCACCUUGCUGUGUACAAAAUCCACUGCCAAAUUUCCCAGGAUUACAACACUUCUUGUCCCUGAGAUUCUCUGAGUUCCUUAAGAUAUGGAGAGAAGUGCUCCUUAACUAUCACAAACCAUUUUUGGUGCAAUAGAGAACACUGUUGACAAAUUAAGUUUAAUUCAUUCACUGGAUGUGGGUAUCACUGACUAGGCCAGCAUUCACUACCCUUUCUAAAUUGUCCAGAGGGCAGUCAAGAGUCAACAACAUUACCGUGAGCCGAGGUAAGGUUAGAAGAUAUUCUUUCCUGAAGAACUUUACAGAAUCAUUUGGGUUUUUAAUGACAAUCAUGGUCAACAUUAGGCCAAUUCUUCCUUCCAGCUUCAAUUGAAUUCAAAUUUUGCGAUCUGACAUGGCAGGAUUUGAACUCAUACCCCCAGGUCAAUGAUUUAGGGGUUCUACUUUGCUAGUCAAGUGACAUUAUCACUAUGUCACUGCCUUCCCAUGUUGGGGUAGAGAUGAGGGAGUUGCACUCUGUAACUGUGCUGGACUAAUUGUGAGCUAUGAAAUGUAAAGAUAUUCAAUUCCUAGGGUUGGACAGAAAAUUCUUCACCCUCUCCUACCCCUUGCCAGCAAGAUAACAAAACAGCUAUAAUGGAGGUAAAGGUGGUGGCUUGUUCACCUUGGGUAGGUUUUGACCCCCUUGUGUAUUGAUACUGUUCAGAUAAAUUGUGUAAAGAAUUGAAAGGUAUGAUUAUAUUAUUUUGUCGUCUCCUGAAAAUUCAAGUGCUUCUGCUUUUGAGCUGUUACGUCUUUUUGUGUCUGAGAGAGCUGACAAUAAUAUGUGAAUGCAAAUUCUGCACAGAAUAAUGCAAAGUGUUUCUAUUCAAAAAAGCUAUGAUAAUGAGAUUUUGCUUAAAGCUAAGUUCAGUGGAUUAUACUGUAUUUGAACUCUGUUCUGACUGCUGCACCUUGUGGUUGCCGUGCCAUUGAGAUAUCUGUUUCUUUCUGGUUUCUUAGAAUCCUGCUGUGAAUCCUGAUUGUACUCAGGCUGGUAAAAGAUGGGAAAUCCCUUUUAUUUGUGAUGAAACUAGCAACAUUUACAGGGCAAUUAUCAGUGGUUUUAUCCUCCCAGUUUCCCUCAAACAUCAAGGUGAUCCAGACAUGAUCCACAAAUGUUUGAAGAAUUGUUUCAGGCAGGGCAUAUCAGUGAUUGGUUUGAUAUUACUCACCAGGGUCUCAUACAGCGCUGACCAUUUCAUCUUAUACUCAAUUCUGUCUUUGUUAUUUUAAACCUUUUCUGUAUCAAUCUCAGUGGUUGCUCAGUGGAUGAGACUCCCACUUCCAAGUGUGUAAAUUAAACCCAUUUCAAAGGUAUGAGUGCAGAAUUCUAUACAAGCACUCCCAGUGCAAUACUGAGGGGCCAUUAGACUGGCAGAGGUGCUAUCUUAGGCCUGAUCCAUCAGCCAGGUAUAAAGGAGCAGUAAUAUUCUCUCUCUUUAUACUUCAGCCAACGUCACUGAAAGCAUCUGGCUCUUUGGUGAGAUUUUGUUAGGGACAAAUUGUCACGUUUCUUCAUUACAACAGCGGCUUCAAUUCAAAAGAACAUCAUUGUCUGUAAUGUUUAAGACAGUGUGAGACAUUUGUUAUUGAAACAGCAAUAUUCUCUUGCCCUGCUUGCACAGCUAUUUGCUGGACAACAAAAACUGCUUUUGGAAGAAGGUCAGAAGUCAUAAGACACCAAGUUAUAGUUCAAUAGGUUUAUUUGAAAUUACAAGCUUUCGUAGUGCUGCCCCUUCAUCAGGUACAGUGCUCUGAAAUCUUGUGAUUUCAUUAACCUGUUGGACUAUAACCUGGUGUCAUGUGACUUCUGACUUUGUCCACCCUAGUCCAACAUUGGCACCUCCACAUCUUGGAGGAAGGUAAUACCAUUGGACUUAGUGCCUGAUAACCCUGAAUCUCAUUUACACACCAUCUCCAUAAACCCAUCUCUGCAGAGGUUACCAAUCCCCUUGGCUCCUCUUGAAGUUAAAGGUUAACCUCUGCUAAGACCACACAAACCAUAGGUCCAUAACCAAAGUCUGAGAAGGGGACAGAAAAACAGUCAGAUUGUCCAUCAAAAAUCAUCCAAUCAGAUAAUAAGAAAUCUGUUUGCGUGCCAAUGGAUAAGAGAGAGUGGGAAAAUGAAGAGUAAUGUGUUGUACAGCCAGUGGUGAGAGGACAAGGGUGGUUGAGUGUGUGAGAACAUGUGAUGGAACCUAUAAUCUAUUAAAAUGCAUAUGCAAAAAUCAUUUCCUCUUCAUUUAAUUGUUUCUUGAACCUACCAAUAAUUCCCUAUCAAUAGAUCUCUUUAGUAACAAUUUCAAAUCAGAAAUAUGCAAAUUAGGAGUAGGACCUCCUCAAGUCUGAGCGACAUUCGAUAAGUUUAUGGCUAGUCUGAUUACUCCACUUUCCCACCUGACUCACUGGUAACUUUUUCACUCAUUUUGUUUAUCAAGAAUCUAUAUUACACUCGCUUAAAAAUAUUCAGAAGCUCUGCUUUUACUGUCUUUCAAGGGAGAUAGUUCCAAAGUCUCAUGACUUCACGAGUAAAAAUGUCUCAGGCCUGUCCUAGGUGGGAGAGCCUUUAUUUUUACUGCCCUGGAUGAAAUUGAUCCCCUUGAUAAUUGCCUUCUUAUGCUCAUAUCUUUUAAUUUCCCUGCAAUUUUAAAACUUUUCACUGCCACAAACAACGUACAGAAAUAAUAUUUUUUUCUUAUUCAGAAUCUUGGAAUAGUUUCUCUAGGGAUUCCUCUAUUCUAAAGAAAACAAGCCUAACCUAUUCAUGAUUUAGAUUCCUGAUAAAUGUCAUAGUCUUUGCUGAUGGUAACUAUGAAAAUAUUCCAUCCUUAACUGGUGUGGUCUAAAUAUGACUCCAGACCCACAGCAACGUGGCUGACAUCUUAGCUGCUUUCUGAAAUGGCCCAGCUAAGUGUUCAAAGUCAAUUAGAUUUAAUUGAUAAUACUGACCCAUUAAACAUUAAUAAAGAUUCCAGAGUUCAGUGUUAGAUUUGAAAUUCAGCUGCUUUACUGUGAGUGUGCAGAUGGGUUUUGAUCUACAAUGAGCGAGUUUAGAUGGAACCAACCUGGUUUAGCAGCAACAUUUCUCAUUUAUUUUAUAACUUAUUCCAAGGCUUCAUGCCAAGGCAAGUGAAAGUGUGGCCAUUAAUGAUAGAUGAUCAAAAUCUGAAACAUAUGAGAGGCUAGAAUUGGAGGAGAACAGAGAACCUGGAGCUAUGUAGAGAUGGAGGAAGUUACAGAGAUAGGGAGGAGUGUGGCUAUUGAAAGUAAGGAUAAGAGUUUUAAAAUUAAGGUGUUGCAGGAGUCAAAAAUCAAUGCCACACAGUGACCAUAGAGGAUGAUAGAUGAUCAGUCCAGGUUGAAAGAUAUGUAGGUUAUGUGGAUUGGCCUUGCUAAAUUGCCCUUAGUGUCCAGGGAUGUGCAGGCAAAGUGGAUUGGCCAUGAGAAAUGUAGGGUU